AUGCAAGGUGGUUUUGAUACAAUUGCGUUGCACGGAGGCCACGACCCGGAUCCCAGUAUCCCCUACGGACUCGGGUAUGGGGCGCCUCGCGGGGUCCCACUUUACCGCUCGACUCCCUUUGUCUUUCGAGACACGGAGCACGCCCGGAAGCUGUUUGCUUUGGAAGAGCUCGGAAAUAUUUAUUCCCGUCUCAUGAAUCCGACAAACCAUAUUUUAGAAAGUCGCUACGCGCAGUUGGAAGGUGGGCAUCCUCUAUCGGGUCUCUCAGUGUCGAGUGGUACGACGGCUGUCUUCUACGCAAUUGCCAACCUAGCUUCGGCGGGAGACAACAUCGUGGCGAGUUCGGCUUUGUACGGCGGUACCUAUACUAUGUUCAAUGAUAUUCUACCAACUUUGGGUAUCGAAGUUCGUUUCGUCGAUGGUCAAGAUCCGAAAGAUUUUGCAAAAGUGGCUGACGACAAGACCCGCGCUUUCUUUUGCGAAUCGGUGUCCAAUCCGUCUCUCACAGUCUUUGACUUGGAAGCAAUCUCGAAAGAGGCACACAAUCUUGGUUUGCCUUUAAUUUGUGACUCGACUUUUUCGACACCGUACCUUUGCCGUCCAUUCGAGUAUGGUGCGGACAUUAUUGUAUCCUCCUUGACCAAGUGGGUCGGAGGCCAUGGUGCUUGCGUGGGUGGAAUGAUCGUUGACAAAGGAGGUUUCAAUUGGGGUGGCGGGAAGCACCCAGUUUACGACAUUCCCGACACCUCCUAUGGCGGAGAAGCGGGUCUUCGGUGGGGACACGACCUUCCUGAUGAGUUGCAACCGCUGGCCUACAAACUGCGUGCUUUAACUGUCCCGCUGCGAAAUCUGGGAGGAUGCUUGGCUCCGGACAAUGCCUGGAUGAUUGUUCAAGGGAUCGAGACUUUAUCGCUGCGCAUGGAACGCCACUGCGAAAACGCCAUGAAAGUCGCCGAGUACUUGAGCGAUCAUCCCAAGGUUGAAUGGGUCCGAUAUCCUGGUCUCCCAGGAGACUCGCAGUACGAAAAGGCCCAAAAGUAUCUCAAAGGCAAAGGCGGUGCCAUGGUCGUCUUCGGAAUUAAGGCGAGCGACGGUCGCCUAGCCGGCACGCAAUUCAUCGAUACGCUGAAAUUGCACUCGCAUGUUGCCAAUGUCGGUGACGCUCGUUCGCUAGCUAUCCACCCGGCGUCGACUACGCAUUCUCAGCUUAAGAUGGCUCAGCAAAUUGCAGCUGGUGUCCCGCCAGAGAUGGUGCGCUUGAGUACUGGAUUGGAAUCCAUUGAAGAUAUUAUUGCUGACCUGGAACAAGCUCUCGACAAAGUUCACGGAUAG